CCCUGGACCCUGCAUUCAUUAUAUCUGGUCUCCCACAGUCCACAGAACAUGGAAACGCUAAACCCUGGACCCUGCAUUCAUUAUAUCUGGUCUCCCACAGUAAACAGAACAUGGAAACGCAAUUAUUUUAGUAAAUAUAAACUGCUAAAUACUUUUUCUCAUUAGCAGUUAGAGCAGUCUUGUGACUUCUAUCAGUGUCCAGCAGAGCACUGGAUAAAGCAUGUAGGAGUUUUAAUUCUGCUCUAG